CGUCCAUCGGGCUUCUAGGUAACUGAACGGCAGGAUGGAGGUGACGAUGGCGAUGUUCAUGUCGCCGGUGGGGCAAGCUCUCGCGUUCGCAUCCGUCGCGGGGUAUCUCACGUAUCAUUACGUGGGUGAUGUCGCCAACUGGACCGGUCAAGACGUACUCUUCGUGGUUGCUGUAGCCGCCGUCGUCCUCAUGCAUCGAUAUCGUGUCAAAGCCUAUAUUGAGCACGACCCGAAGCAGCGCAUCUUGGACGACGUGGUGCCAGCGUAUUCGCUGGAGGACGUCGAGUACGUCCAGGGUUCCCCCGUACACUUGGGCGAAUCCCGCGUUGUUGCCGUUCUCUUCUUUGCUACGUGGUGCAAGGGGUCCCGCGCUGCCUUGAACGAGUUUGAAAAGGUGUGCAGCACAUACGGCCGUGACGUCGCCUUCGUUGCCGUGACGCAAGAGUCCAAGGAAGAGUUGGCGGCGUACGAAGUCCACGGCCGACGUGCAACCAACUUCAAACCCUUGAGCGACUUUAGCUUUGCCAUUGGGACGGAAAACGGCACGCUGACCAAGGAGUACGCUGACGUGACGUUGAAUCCGUCGUGACGCUUGGUGGUUCGUAGGUACCAACUCAAGCACAAGAUCAACACACUGCCCCAUGUGUACUUGAUCGGUCGCGAUGACUCGAUCUUUUGGCACGGCCAUCCCGUCGGCCACUUCGACGUACGUAUGUUGGUGAUCUGUUCAUCGUCGCAUGACGCGACGGCUCGUAGGACGCCACGCGGCGCACCCUGGCGUACGAUUUCUCCGCCGCAUCAAAUAAGAUAGAAUGAAAUCGUUUCGCAGAGAAGCGAGACAUGGCGGGAAGCGCCACGUGCUUGAAACGGACGGCGGCGCGCAUGGGUAGCCACGAGCCAAAUUUUCGACCGUGUGUGCACAUCGACACCAUCGAAUGCAGGAGCAUCACUC